GCCCGGCGAGCCGCCCACCCGCGCAGCGGGGGCAUCGCCCCCACUCGCCGCUCCUGGGAGGGCGGGAAGGAGGCAGCGGCGGCGGCUUUGUGCGCGGCGGGCGGAUCGCAGGCCCCGGCGGCGCGGGGUUCGCCUGCUCCCGCCCCAGCCCCAUGAACCAGCCGGACGGCUCCGCUCCGGCGGCGGCGGUGCCAGCGCAGGCCGACGAGAGCAACAGCAGCGGGCAGAGGAGCUCUUCCAGCAGGGAGUGUUUGAAGAGGAGCCCACAGAGCCCGAAAGCAGAGGGCUCUGACUCGAUGACAUCUCAGUCCUCACCCAGUGAAGAGGCUGGAAUGAUGACUGAGGUGAAAGUGAAGACAGAGGUACCAGAUGACUACAUUGAAGAGGUGAUCUGGCAGGACGACACCAAAGAUUCCAAGAACAACAUCAAAGACGGGCCGGGAGAUGUUCCCGCCGAGAUCUGCGUGGUCAUAGGUGGGGUCCGCAACCAGCAGACACUCGAUGGAAAAGCAGUGGAACGUGGCUCUCCUGUUGGAUAUACACGAAAUCGAUAUGCAGGGACGUGGAUUUUUGACCAUGCAUUGAGAUACACGGCCGGGUCUUACGAGUGUGGAAUAUGUGGGAAGAAAUACAAGUAUUACAACUGUUUCCAGACCCACGUGCGAGCACACAGAGACACCGAAGCUGCCUCAGGGGAAGGAGCCUCACAAGGCAGUGCCCCUCUGGCUGCGGAAAGGGAGAAGAAGCCUCUCUCCAGAGCUGUCUUUGUGCUGCCCUGGGUGGAAUCCACAGAAACAAACAAUUUUAGGUACACAUGUGACAUUUGUGGGAAAAAAUAUAAAUACUAUAGCUGCUUCCAGGAGCACAGAGACCUGCACGCCGUGGAUGUUUUUAGUGUGGAAGGGGCCCCAGAAAACCGGGCAGACCCCUAUGACCAGGCCGUCAUCGCCGCCGACGAGGUCAAGGAGGAGGAGCCGGAGCCAUUCCAGAAGAUCGGGCCAAAAACUGGCAAUUACACCUGUGAGUUCUGUGGGAAGCAGUACAAGUACUACACUCCCUACCAAGAGCACGUGGCCCUGCACGCUCCCAUCAAGUUCUCUCGAUCUCCACUCUUCGUGGCAGUGAAGACCCAGACGAGCCAGUCCAGCAAGAAAUCUCCGGCGUCCCUAAACCGCUGCUCCAGCCUCCUGCACCGCACCCCCUCCGGGGUCCCGCCCGCCUCCCAGUCCCAGAUGUUCCGCACUCCGAAUUCGGGAUCCCCAGGAAGCAAGGCCAUCACAGCAGAAAGUGCUUUCAGCAGAAGAGUGGAAGGCAAAGCUCAAAACAACUUCGAAGAAACAAACAGCAAUUGCCAGAACUCCAGUGCUGGUCAUUCGGGGACAGAAAAACCUAAAGAAAAGAGGUGUAAGCAGAACCCAUCAGAGCCUUACACCUGUGGAGCUUGUGGAAUCCAGUUCCAGUUUUAUAACAAUCUCCUGGAGCACAUGCAGUCCCACGCAGCUGACAAUGAGAACAACAUUGCCUCCAGCCAGCCCAGGUCACCUCUGCCUGUGGUUGAAGAGAAGUGGAAACCACAGCUCCAAAGAAAUAACGCCAACAACACGUCCGCCAGCGGCUCCAUGGGGAACAGCGCGAUCCCGGAGAAGGAGCGGCAGAACAUCGCCGAGAGGCUGCUGCGGGUGAUGUGCACUGACCUGGGGGUGCUGAGCGUGGUGAGCGGCAAGGAGUUCAUCAAGCUGGCACAGACCCUGGUGGACAGUGGGGCUCGCUAUGGUGCCUUCUCUGUCACCGAGAUCCUGGGCAAUUUCAACACCCUGGCUCUGAAGCAUUUGCCUCGGAUGUACAACCAGGUGAAGGUGAAGGUCACCUGCGCCCUGGGCAGCAACGCCUGCCUGGGCAUCGGGGUCACCUGCCACUCGCAGAGCGUCGGCCCCGACUCCUGCUACAUCCUGACCGCUUACCAGGUGGAGGGCAACCACAUCAAGAGUUACGUCCUGGGAAUUAAGGGUGUAGACAUUCGAGACAAUGGUGAUUUUAUCCACCACUGGGUGCAGAAUGUGCUGUCGGAGUUUGUCAUGUCGGAGAUCAGGACGGUGUAUGUCACGGACUGCAAAGUCAACUCCUCGGCGUUCUCCAAGGCGGGCAUGUGCCUGCGCUGCUCGGCCUGUGCCUUGAACUCGGUGGUGCAGAGCGUGCUCAACAAGAGAACGCUGCAGGCUCGCAAUAUGCACGAGGUGAUCGAGCUCCUGAAUGUCUGCGAAGAUCUGGCGGGGUCCACGGGCCUCUCGAAGGAGACCUUUGGCUCCCUGGAAGAGACCUCCCCCCCGCCCUGCUGGAACUCGGUCACCGACUCCCUCCUGCUCGUCCACGAGCGCUACGAGCAGAUCUGCGAGUUCUACAGCAGGGCCAAGAAGAUGAACCUCAUCCAAAACCUGAACAAGCACCUGCUCAGCAACCUGGCAGCCAUCCUGGCUCCGGUGAAACAGGCCGUGAUCGAGCUGAGCAACGAGAGCCGGCCCACCCUGCAGCUGGUCCUGCCCACCUACGUCAAACUGGAGAAACUGUUCACUUCCAAAGCUAACGAUGCUGGCGUGGUCAGCAAACUCUGUCACCUCUUCUUGGAGGCGCUGAAGGAGAACUUCAAAGUUCACUCGGCACACAAGGUAGCCAUGAUCUUAGACCCUCAGCAGAAGCUGCGGCCCGUCCCGCCGUACCAGCACGAGGAGAUCAUUGGCAAGGUCUGUGAGUUGAUCAACGAGGUGAAAGAGUCCUGGGCAGAAGAAACAGAGUUUGAACCUUCAACCAAGAAGCCUCGUGCAGCAGGGGAAACCACAGCAGCUCAGGAAGAAGAUUGGUUUGGGAAAAAUGAAGUCUAUGAUUAUUUGCAAGAACCUCUCUUCCAGGCCACCCCUGACCUGUUUCAGUACUGGUCGUGUGUUACCCAAAAGCAUACAAAACUAGCCAAGCUGGCCUUUUGGCUCUUAGCAGUGCCUGCUGUGGGUGCCAGGAGCGAAUGUGUAAAUAUGUGUGAGCAGGCUCUCUUGAUCAAAAGGAGACGGCUACUCAGUCCAGAAGACAUGAACAAACUCAUGUUUUUGAAGUCCAACAUGCUUUAAGACUGUCUGUUAAUUAAAACAAAACUUUAAAACACUGUUCCAAACAAAGAAAAAAGAAUUUUAAGUUCUAAACACUGUGGACCUCAUUAUGAAUGCCCCUGGAAACCAAGUGCUUUUUUAUAUAUAUAUAAAAAUAUAAAUAUAUAUAAAAUUAAGUUUGAAAGGAAAGCUGAGCACGGGAGAGAGACAGCCCUCUGCCAGGAACGUGCUCCUUUCCAUAGAUAGUGUGUGGACUUGACAGACUUUCUAAUGUUUUCAAGUGGGCAGACGAAUGGGAGGCUGAUGUUCUAAAGUCUUCAGGCAGCUGAGAUCUAAAGUGACUUGAAGUUUCUUUUGUUUCUCCUCCACCCCACCUUUCCUCUUGUCCCCUGGGCCAUCUUGCCAUGGAUAAUCAGACUCCAUUGAACAGACCAGUUCUGCACUGGACUUUGCUCCUUUGAAUAACUGUACACCUUGAGGGCACUUGGCUGAGGCCUUCCUGGCACCUGGUGCACCUGUCAGGGCAGCUGUGUUCUGCCAACACUGGGACCUUCAGAAAUCAGGGAAGGGAGACUUGAAGGUUUUUGGGUUUUAAUUUUAUUUUUAUCCUUUCCAUAUUCAUUUUUUUUCCAAAAACACAAAAGUUACUCUUCUGUCUCCACUCCCAGUUUUAACUUGGUAGCCAGGGAUUAUAAGUUUGAUUUCGAACUAAGAGAAAUGGUUCAUGGCAGAAAAUGUCUGCGGUUGUUAAGUUUCUUGGCUUUAUUUUUCUACAGCAGAACUUCUUUUCUGAGCUCCCGGUGUUAAUUAGCUUUUCUGUGCAUUUUGUGCAUCAGGCAUUCUCAGACUUGUUCUAGAGUAGCCCAUUUGCAAUUAAAUAGUAUCCUUAUGGGAACCACAGCAGUUGUUCAUACAGAAAAGCCUAAAAACCAGGAAAAGUAAGUCUUGACAGCUGUGGGCCACCAAUGAGCUUGUCAGGUCUGCCAGAGAACCCUUGUACCUGAACUUUUUUGUUUAAAAGUGUCUCAGUUCCACAGAAACCAACCUUCCCAAGGCCAAGGACAAACCAAGGUGUAUGAUUUUUCAGGGGAACAAAGCUCAUCAGUUUUGUCAAAUUGGGGUUUGAAGGAAGCUUAGAGAAGUGCAUGGGCUCAAAGAUCCUUCUGAAUGUAAGUGCUCCUGACUGAGUGCAAAGAAUAUCUUCCCAUUUUUAUUUGGAAUGGUUUCCUCUAGUGGCACGAAUGUCUUUUUGAUACCUACAGUGCAUUACACUACUUGUUCUGUUGCUGACUCGUUCUGGCUGGGAAGGCCACAGGCCCUGAAACAUUCCCACGUCCUUGCUCACCCCAAAUGCAAUUGGAGAUGAUCAGAACCCAGAGCCAUCUCGGUCACUCUGCUGUCCCCCAGGGCCAGUGCUCUGUGGUGUUUCCUGCCCACAGGCACAGCUCCUGCAUCUCUGUCAGGUUUGGUGCCUCUUGGACAAUUCCCAGCCUCUCGUGCCAAACUGUUUGUUUUUCACCACUGGGACUGAGAUCCCAGAGGAAAAUGGAAGCCAGUCGUGAUUUUUUCAGUAGUGUCUCUUGCUUCCAGGAGCUGCAGUCCCAGUGGCACAGGAGGGUCAGGAGGAGGGACUGGCUCAGCUGGAGCCCCUCAGCAGCAUGAGGUGUUUGCUGGUGGCUGACAAUGCAGGAGGAAGACUGGGGGGCCCUCUUUGACGUGCUGCUGUUGACCAGAAGCUAAACCAAGAUCCCACCUGCCCAUCUCUGGCUGUAAGAGAAGUUGCACGUUCCAAGACAUGAGAAAUAGCAAACCAAAUCUCUCAGGCUUUGUGUGCAGAUGCCUUGAACCUCUCAGGCACUGACACCUGCACUGGCAUGGGACUCAGGGGCACAGUUUGGGUGCUGGAACCUUCCCCAGCCCAGGCUCACUGAGGAUAGCUCUUGGCACCCAGCUGUCUUCCACUGGCUUGAGUCUGGGUUGACCUCUUGGCACUGUUACUGGCAUCAGGGCAAAACCAGGUGUCUCCUAAAUGUUAAGUCUUGCCUAUGGACAUCACACAGCCUGCCACCCCACUGCGAGCUGCACCUGAAGAGGACCUACCAAGGCAAAGACACUUGGGCAUCUGUUUUCCCUGGCAGUGGCUGAUGGAGGUGUUGAUUAUAGGGCCACCUGUUCUUCUUGCUGGUUUUCUUUUUUCCUUUACAACUCCUGCCUGCCCAGCCACCAGCUGGGCCCGUGGUAACACAGCUCUCUGCACUUGCAUGGCAGGAGAAGCCUGUUUGAGACAAAAAUGAAGUGUCAAACAGAAACCCUGAGUGAGAUUUGUGCCAGUGACAGUGAGUUGUGUGAGCUGCUGGGCCCACAGGUACCCAACAGCAAGAAAACUUGGCUAGAGGAUGAUUCCAAAGCUUUGGAGGCACAAAGUGUGUACCACACAGCUCAGCUGAUGGCACAAGGACCAGGAUUUGUAGUUAUUUCUCCUUUUUGUGUGGUUCAUCAGAGACCAUGAGAGCUCCCAGGUUCUUUGAUGCUCAGGGGAAUGUGCAAAGUCCUUGCAUUCCUUUGGAAAGGCAGUUCCAACCCCCAGCACUCCUUUGUAAGGGGCAGAUGGAUGACUUCAGUGGGAUUUGCCAGCUGGGGCUCCUUGUGCUGCCUGUCUGUGAGGCCUUGAGGGUGGGAAGCAGGCAAGGCAGAGUUAACACAGGUGUGAAGCCCUGGCAUUGAGAACUGGGUAAAUGGCUGUGUCCAGCACAUGGAGCAGGACUGUGGCUGCACAGCCACCCUGACCUCCCAGCCCGUCUCUCCUUUUCCUCCUCACACUGUGGUUUUGGCACCAGGUCUGGAGUUUUUGCUGUGCUGACCAAAGAGAGGGAUGGACUGGCCCUCUCCCCCAUCCCAAUAACUGUGCCCUCCAAGGCUGUAGUUGCACUAAUGAUGGAUGUUAAGCAAACAUGCCUGAUGUCGGGUAGAUGCGAUUCUCCCAAAGACUAAAAAUCUCAACUUAGCUGAAAAAGCAAGAUAAAACCUAAGGCCUGAAUUGGGGCAAUCUCCUCCAGAACUCAGACUAAGAAGCUGCAGCUUUUCAUGACUCCUAAGCAUGACUCUUAACUGGGUGUUCAGCUCAGAGGAGCUGUUCAUGCUCUGCUUGCUCCCAGGCUCCCUUCUGUCUGGUACUAGACUUAAUUAGAAGCAGGGAAAUGCAUCUGUAGCACAGGUGUUCACCCUAAAUGCCAACUUUGGCUCCUUUUCCUCCUUCCAUCUUCAAGGCUUGGAUUUGCAUUCUAGGGAGCAAAAAUACUUUACCAAAGUCUGAGUUCUGGCAGCUCUUCUUCACCAGGUUAGUCCAACACAAACUGCUCUGUCCCUGCUCUGGGAUGCCUCGGGGUGUGGAGCAGCAUGUGCUACAGGGAGCACUUCCCAUCCCGGGGUGGCAGGCUGCACAGGGGAGACUGAAUUUGGCCAGAGCUGUCAUGAGGUUCUGCCCCCUUUGAGCUGGGAGAAGUCCCCAGAAUUGGGAUCAUCCUCUGUUAGGUCAUGUUGGGAAUUUGCCUUCUGCUUCUUGGUUUCCUUUACUCACACCUGAGGAACGUGUUGGGAUACGGAAAUGGAGGGUGUGUCCUCCAGGCAGUCACUUGUUCCUGCUGCUGACUCUGGGCCUGACCUUGCAGACUUCUCUUUCUGACUUCCCAGUUGGCUUUGGGAGGGUUCUGAUCUUCAGGCUGGGAGACAGGCACCAGCAGAUGAACUGUCAGAGUGAAGGACCUUCAGGUCCUGUCUGAAGAUCCUUGUUACUAGAAAACAGAGUGGGAUACAGAGGCAGAGCUCUUCAGGAGGUUUUUUCUGUGUGGCUGCAGCAACCAGAGAGCCAGGGAGAACAUGGAGCCCAGAUUUGUCUCCUGGUCUGUGCCCUCCCCAUGUCUCCAGGAGCAGGCAGUAGCUGUGGUCUGACCUGCAGGAUAGGCUUGGUGUCUCGCACCCAGCUCAGGUUCAGGUGGAGGUGAAUUUUCCUUUCUGUCCAAUCUCUCUGUGCUGAGGGUGUAUUUGAAGUAGUGAAUCUGGAAAACUUCCUGUGAAAACCAACAGUGGGGCUCAGGUUUUGUCUAAUUCAGUUGUUCGUUCAUUGCUGUUUAAACCAGUUUAACCUUGAACUAAACUGGUUUAAGCAUCCACACAAACCACCUGCACUGGUUUAUCUGCGCUUGCUGGGCAGAGAACACGUCCAGCAGCAGCUCAGGGAGUCAUGACCUUUCUGUGAAUUUUGCAAAUGAAUUUACAGCAGAUGCUCUCAAAGCUUGGGAAUGACUGAAAAUAGCAGGGAGACACUUCUGGAAAUGGCUUGAGCUCUAGAGAUGAGCUCAGCUGGUGCUAAUAAUGCCAAGGUCACAGGUUUGAUCCCCAUACAGACCAUUCACUUAAGAGUUUGGCUCGAUGGUUCCGUGACACUAAAUGAUGGUAUUGGAGGUCAUUGUUCAGUGAGAUGGCUCAGGGGGUGGGAUGGUUUUUCUCCAGGUGUCUGCAGUAACCCAGAUUAGCAUGGGAAGGAAUUACCACAACUGUUUGUGUUGGUGGCUGAGUCUGCUCAGCUUCACCCAGUGUGAGGGGCCAGUUCCACUCUGGACCCUGCAGCAGCCCAUGGUGGACACAGGAGCAGGGACUGAGACAUCCUUCUGCUCUAGGAGCACCAAGUUACUGAUGAAUCAAACAACACUAAAAGAGCAGGGCUGGGAGUGCUGCUCUGUGCCAAGGAAAGGCUUGGAUCUCUUAUGGCACCUCUCUGGCUGAGGGAGAGGCGAGGAGCUCCUGGGAGCAUUCCCACAGGACGGGACUAGUUGUGCCCUAUGGAGUAGUUAGGAAUAAAGGGAUAAAAAUAAAAAGACACUAAAGGCAGACUCUGGGAAACCUCUUCAGGGAGGAGGAAUCUGUUCACCUGGAAGGAGUUUCCUGGGGGAAUGCUUUUUGAGCUUUGCCAUUGAAGGCAAGGCUGCACAGCUCCUGGAAUUCACUCUGUGGGGCACGAGGCUGCUCUGGACCUUGCUGAGAGAAAAGGGACUGGAUGUAGGGGUGGGAAAAGCCAGUCCUGCCCAGAAGACCCAGGAGGGUUCACAGAGCAUCUUCCUCCCCAUCCUCCCACUCCUCAGUGGCACCAAACCCUUCCCAGCACUCCAAUGUAUCCAUCAACCAGGUUCCAACUGCUGAGGUGGAGAAUCGGGCUGGGGGACAGUGUUCAAUGUUUUGCUGCUUCUGCUGUGCAUUUUCUGUGCUACACCAUGGUCUUGAAUCCGUGGGAUCCACUGGGAACGCCCAGAGCCCUCGGCAGAGCCCCAGUGUCCCAUAUCAGGUAUCUCUGAAGCUGUCACUGUAGCAAUAAGAUCUCCCUGUUGCCGGUGCGUGGGACCUGUCCCCGUGCCACAGGUCACCAUCUUCCUGGGGCUUCUGGAAGUGUCACUGAGCAAACAGUAAAGCCCAGCCCAGCUGUGCUGGAACAGCCCUCAGGCCUGGGGGAGAGCCUGCCUACGCUAGGCCAGAAAUGGUGAACCAAUGACAGUGGGUUGCCCUGAAGUUUAAUUUUAUCUACUGAAUGUUUGUGUGAUUUCUGUUUCAUUUCGGUUCUGGUUUGGCUGAUUGGUUGUGUUUCUACUCCUGCUGUUACAGAGUCCUUUGUUUAUAACUUGAGGGAAGAGUUCUGCUCACACAGACAGUGGUGUAUCCAUAGACCCUUGGGGUUUCCUCAUCCGUAGGCAGCUGAGUUGGAACUUUUUAGAGUAUCUUCUGAAAAGAGGCUCUAAAUGUCUCAUUGGUGCACAACAUCAGCCAGUGACUGGCAGGAUUAGGCUGGCAGGAUUUUCUCCUUCUGUCACUGUGGCAUCACUGACAGCGGGACCCGGGUGAGCAGCACAGCCUUAACGAUGGGUGCAUUUUAGGGUGGAGUUGAUGAGCACAGGCACGUCCAACCCUUGCUUUUUACAACCAAAGUUCCUUAAAAAGACACUUCCAGCCUCAUCAGCCUUGAAUCCUUGUUCCCAUCUCUUGGGGGUUCUGGUGGUGGUCUCUGCAGUGUCUGUGCAUAGGGUGGGAUUUUUUUUUCUCCAGUGGGCUGGGGGUUGGAGGAGGGAAUAUUUUCCCCUUGCUGUCUUUGGAGAAGGACCUUUCCACUCAAGGAAGGAGGCAUGUAUUCUGGAAGGAGCAACAGUCUGUUUUCCAUGGUCCCUUGAAACUUAGGGGGCCUUUAGUAUUAUUUUCUUUAAUUCUUUAAAAGGAAAACUGGUAGUGGAUGAGCUGAACCCUUGGUGGCAGGUGACAGGUCCAGGAGGAGCACACACCACCCAGGCCGUGAGGAUUGUGGUCCACGCCGUAGCCAGACAGUGUCAUGGUGACAACCCCAGCCGUGGGAGAUCCCUGUUUGCAGCCAGGCUGGAAGGAGAAGCUGUUCCUCGCCCGUACGUCCGUUUUCCCAAACCUCCUCCGGGGGGGCCGAAUUCUUGUGGUUUCAUCAAGCAAAGAUUCACUUCUCCUGUCCCUCCUGCCCUCCCUCCCUCAGUAACUCGUGUGCAUUUCCCUCCUUUCUGUAGAUGCAGAUGUUCUAGGCAAUACCACAGACGCGCCCGCGGCCCCGCCCGCAAGCGCACUCAUGUCAUCUUAAAAAAUACAAAAAAAAAUAUACAAAAAAUAUACAAAAAAUAUCUUUUUUAGGCCAGAGUUUUCUACAGGUAUUAAUGAAUAUUUUUCUUAAUCCUUAUAAGUUUUAUGUGUUUAAUAUUUCUUAAUACCGGUAGCAUUAAUUUAUACUUUUGUAGCAACACAAUAUUUUUAUAAACCGCCACCGCUGGCUUUGUCUUCAUAACGGGAAACGUGCGGGCAGCUGGCCCCGCGCUGUACCAUGUACUGUAUUUAAAAGGUUAUCUAAUGUCACACUUGCUGUGUUAAUAAACAAAACAAAACCUGUUUGAAGUCUCAUGUAUUGUUGGUGUGGAUCAAAUGACUCACUAGAGAGCAAUAUUGCACGGGGUUGAGUUGCUGAUUUUCAUUGUGAUAUGCGAACGCUUGAGGCCAACUCAAGCUCUGAGGUUGUUUUUUUUUUUUUCCUUUUAGGAUUUUGUUUUGGUUUUGGUUUGUUUUUUUGUUUGUUUUUGGUUUUUUUUACAGCUAAAUGAAUUCAGUGCUGUUUGAAACUUAGACUGACGUCAAAUGAAAAGGAUUAUUAUAGAAAAAAAAAAUCAAGGUGUUUAAAUGUUGCUGUUUUUACAAGUCUGUUGCUGUCUGAAUGGAAAUAUUCCGUGAGAGAGGAGGAAUAGUUCCACUUAGCUUCCAAAGGGGCCGAGCGCUCCAGGCCAGAGCUCGGUUAUUUGGAAAUACCUUAGAGACAUGUUUCUGCAACAUUCUUUUCAGAGUUGAUGCCAAGGCAGAAGACAAACUGUAACUGUAAGAAAGCAUCCGUUGCUUGAGGAUUUUCAUGUCAGUGUUGUAUUUAUGGUUUUACAAUAAAACAACCUUUAGGAAAAACAAAA